AGGCGCAUCGUGCAUUUAACUCUUAAAUUGUUUCACAUUUCAUUUGCUCAGUUUUUUAUUUAUUUAAACAAGUGCUGUACAUAACUUAAGUGUCGUAUAACGUGUGUGUGCAUAGAUAAAGCAUCGUUCGGCUGUUUAAUUAACAACAUAGUAACAACAACGACGCUGCGGCCAGUGACGCUUUUUUUUUGUGUUUGAGAGCCUCUCGAGUGUACAGUGACGACCGCAUUUCAGAGCAGCGCCGCAGCGGCAGAGGCAGCGACAGCAGCAGAAGCAGCGGCAGUUAAAAACAAGACACAAGGUGUGUUUUGGCCGCUUUGCUAAGCAUUUCUUAUUGCUUUUCAAGCACGAGCAGUGCGUCAUUUGGCAAUUGUUUGGUAAACAUUACGGAAAUACCAGCCAAAGUGGCAGAGAGCAGAAGCAGCAGCGGCAGCCCUAGAAUCAGCGGCUGUGUUGUCUCAUCAUCAUUGAGAAUUGUUGGAUCGAAACACACAAACAUUAAAAAGCCAGAGUGCUAGAGACACUGAGACAGAGUGCGAGAGACAGAUGUAAAGAGCGCACUCCUACGCCCACUCCUACCAACACCCACCAAUCCAACCCCGGAGCUUGCCAUGCAAUUGAAAGCGCCCAGAAGCAGAAACAUGGCCAGUCUUAAAGAUGAGGAACAGCAACAUCAACAGCAGGCGCAGCAGCAGCAACAAUCAAGCAACCGACUGAAUAACAAUCCCAGCCAUUCAAGCAGCAACAGUAUUGCAACCAUAAACAACAACCAUAACAACAACAACAACAACAACAGCAGCAGCAAUGAGGAUGAAUUGAAGGCGAAACGGGAUUCCUUGGAGGCACGCAAGCUGGCGCUGGAGCAGCGUUUGAGUGAAAAGAGUUGGUUGUUGCAGCAAAUCCAAAAACAGGAGACCUCCAUAAUGCAAGGCAACUACGAGCACAUGACCAUCAAUGAGUUCUUCGCCCAGUUGGCCCAGCAGUACAAGCACGAGCAGCAGUUGCAGGCGCUGGCCAAGGAAAGUGGCGGCAUAUUGCGACGCAAACAGAGCACCACAAGUCGUGACAGUCAGCCGCUGAGCAUUACCGGCAGCACCACAUCCAAUAGCAAUAACAACAACAACAACAACAAUCGUUACUCGGAAACCCAUUCGAAUCGCAGCUCCGAAUACGACAACUAUCAGCCAGCAGCGGGCGAUAUGCUGGUCAUAGGCGUGGCCCAACAGCAGUCCCAGCAGCAGCCGCACGUGAAGAGCGCGCUGAAGAAACGACCCGCCCAAAUGCAGUACAUGCUGCAGCGGCAACAGCAGCAGUUGUCGGCAAUGCCUCAUCAAGGAGCGGAGCUGUAUAUGCCUCAGCUAGGGCCCAGCGGUUUUGCGCCACAGCCACAACAACAGCAACACCAGCAGCAGCAAUCGUCGCCCGUGCAAUCGAAUCGUAAGCAUCCGGAUAUAAUCUCUCUAAUAUCGGCCAAUUCGGCGAAUGUGGCAACAUUGCGACAGCAGCACGUGGCGCCGCAACAACAGCCGAUUAUUGUGCAGUGCGACAAGUAUUAUCUGUCGCCCACACAUCAGAGCUACAGCGAGGGCGGCUUCAUCAAGUCGAGUCAGAAUAUCAAGAAGUAUGUCUCCCCACUGGGCUCCCCCAGCGCCAUCAGCUAUGAGCUGCAGCCCUCGUUGCAGCAUCAACAGCAUCAGCGUCAAUUGGAUGCGAUCUCGUUGGCACCCAGCUACAUGUCCAUGGAUGCGGACCAACAACAAUUUCGUUGGCGUUCCCAAUCGCAUAUACCACCGCUAACGCCCCCACAGCCAAAUCUGUCGGGUCUGGGUGAUACGAAGUCGCAUUCCAGCGACAUGCUGGCACCGCCACUGCCUCGUUAUCCCAGCAAGGCCAAGCCAUUGGACGAGAUCUCGCUCUCCUCGCUCAAUACGGCGCCCUCGACAAGCCUCAGCAGCAUGGCCAACACCAUAGAAAAGAAACCCAAGCCGAAGCAAUGGCUAGAGUCCUCACUUGAUGGACCCGUCGUCAUACGCCAAAUGGAGGCGACCACCAACAGCAAUGUGGGGGGCGCCCCCGGCAGCAGUAAGCCGCGCGCUAAAUUAUCCUCGCAAUCGAUGUCCGUCUCAGGCCGCCAUUAUUCCAUGUCGGCGCAACGCAGCACACACCAAUAUCCCCCCAGUACAGGCUAUGCGGCCGUGAGCAGCUCCAAAACUCUACAGCACUCGGACGAGCGUUACGCAAAGCUCAGUCAGUCCACAUCCUAUUUGAAUGCCAUGGAGCAAACGGUGGGCAUUUCGGCUUCGUAUGCCCUGGAACCACUAGAUAUACCGCUUUUUCGAGUUCUGCCACCCAAACCAAAUCAAACACAGCAGCCAACACCGCCGCCCAGACCACCCCCAGCCCAGCACCACAACAACAACAGCAAUAACAACAAUAGUAACAGUGCCUUACAAACCGCUCUGGUGUCGCCACCCUUGGUUGUUGCCAGUGCGAGCCUAUCGCCCGAUAUACGCAUCGAGUCCCCCAAAAAUAUGACCGUUGUCCAACAGGCCACAUUUCAGCCCUACAAAGAGAUUACCAAGCCCUUCGAAAUGUCCGAUUUCUACAAAUACUCCACCAAGUUCAAGCAGAAGGAGGGCGGGGGCUCAAGUCGUGCUGACUAACACAUUUCUAUCAACGAGCAUAUAGUAUAUGAAAUGUCCUUACUACACAUCGAUUUAAAUCGCUAACCAAUUGACUUUAUGUUUGAAAACGAAACAAAAUUCUCGAAUGACCAGCGAUAUUCAAUUUACCUUUUAAAAAAAUGGUAUUGUUUGUCGUGGGAAUUAUUAUUUGUGAUUAAUACUUUUGUAGAAAAUUACAAAACGAAAAACGCACAAAUUAUUGAUCCGACUGCAUUUUGAAACGAAUCGGUUGUAAGCUAAAGACGAUAUUAGAUCUGAAUUGCCAAAUUUACACAUCGAGAUGACAAUACAAAUGUUUCGAAAGAAUUUUACAAUGCAUGUAAAUAAAAAAUUAUACAUAUAUAUUUUUAGACAUAUUUUUGGACGAAUCCCAAUUUAUUAAAAACCAUAAA